UAAAGCUAGAACGUACAAGAAGAGAAUUCGUGAGGAGGCCCUUUGAACGCAAAUCUCUAUCUCUCUCUUUUGAUCUCUCUACCGAAUUAAACCCUCUUCAAAUCUAAUAAACCUCUUCAAAUCUAGACCUCUUCAAAUCUAAACCUCUCCAAUUCUAAUAAACCUCUUCCAUUCUAAACCUCUACUACCCAAUUCCGUCUUCCCCACCUUCACCUACCUAAGCUUAACCCCUCUUUGUGAACUUUGUCUUUUACUGCGCCACAUUCAAAUACGACUUAUGAUUCUUAUGACUAUUAUUCCUUCUCCUCAUCCGUGAACCCCUGGAUGGAUAAUCACGUUGUUUCAUAGCUUCACCACUUUAAUCUGAAUGGAUCAACCCCGAUAACCCUAUUCUCCGUGAGUCUUCAGACGAAGCUUCCUCAAAGCUUGUUACCCAUCACCAUCACCAACGGCAAUCACACCAACAUACAAAAUGGCAGUCUCAGCUUCUUCACCACGAUUACAUUUCGAACCUGACUAUGUACCGUUACCUACUUCCCCCGAUAAUGUAGAACAGGCCUCUCCGCCAUUAUCAUCUUCGACCGCUCUCGCACGCUUUGAAUUCGAAUCCGGCCGAGGAAAUGAAGGAACCAAAAUAUUGAUGGUAGAAUGGGAAGAUGAUACUACAGAAGGAUCGGCCAAAAACAUGGGAGAUUGGGAGGUAUCAUGGGAAGGGAAAAGUACUGUUUUAUCGGCACGAGAUGGAGCAGAAGGGAAACUUCAUCGACUUUACUUCCUACUGGCUCCCGGUGCCAGCAUACCAAGAAUUAUAAAAUUAUCACAAGUGGGACGAAAAACCAUUCAAACAAACCCAUUGCCCGCGAUAUUCCCACCCGAAUUAGGAUUGACUGCGCGACAAGCUGGACGAAAAGGCGUACUACAUACGAUAUGGGCGAAGAAAAGAAUAUCUGUGCUGCAAAGGGAGAUUGAAGAAGAAAUGAAAACAAAUGGGGAAGGGGUAGGUUUGGAAAUGGCUAUACAAGAAAGACAAUGGAUAGAGGAGAACUUUGGUGUUGGACCAAAAAUUACACAAUCGGAUAUACAACAUAAUGCUACACCGGCUAGUCCGAAAACACCUGGUGGUGGAAGGUUAUCCGAGAAGCUUAAGGGGUUGAAAUUGGGAACUAGUGCACAAGACCUGAGUAAUGUUCCAGGUAUGUACGAGGUUAUGUGUCUACAAAUGGGGAGCAUGAAACUAAAUAUUAUUAUUAUAGAAUCUAAAUUCGAAAGUCAUUUAAAUCCAUUAUCCCCGGAACAGGGUGAUGUCGCCGUAUCAUCAUUCUCUUUAUUUCAUGGAGCAACUGCUCGUCCUCAACCACUACGUCUUGUCGCUCAACAUCCACCGAAUCAUGUGUCACAACCAGGAAUGAAUUCUUUGAACGCUCUUGCAACCGGUGGCAUAUCACAAAAGACAUCUGAUGAAGAUCAAACCGGAGAUGAAUUAUUUGCUAUCAAAAUGAGUCCAAGAAGUCCAGAGAUGACCAAAAGUCCUUUUAGUUUCGCAAUCAAGGAUGUAGCUUUGAGCAUGGCUCAAAAGGAAUAGGAAACUUUUCUUCCCCAUGUCGAAGGGAGGAAAGCAGAAAUUUACGACGAUAUGACUACGAUGGAACGAAGGCAAGUUUUGUGCGAAUUGAUUUGACAAGGUGCCCAGCAUCAAGGGAUAGAUUUUCAAAAGGUACAAAAACGCUCGCUUUAUACCCACUAUGCUUUAGUCGUUGAUAACAUCGAUUUGAAUGAGGUCCUAUUACCUAAGUUUAUAUAGUUACAUAUUUGGAUACCAACUUUUAAUCGCUAAAUUGGAUUACUUUGAGGAGUUUUUUGGAUUUGGGUCUGUUGCGAUGUCUUGCCAAGGGUGCCAAUAUACAUCUAAUU